CACAUUUCACAGGGGCAGUGCUGGCUCUCUAACACACACACACGCGCACACACACACACACACACACUUGUGCUGUUACGGAACUCUCAGACACACACACAUGCAUGCUUGCACAUUGACACACACAGACACACAGAGACACACACACACACACCAUCUCCAGAGCGUACACUCCUCCCAGCAGAUACACAUUUCCCCUGAGCCGGAUGCCUCUCUUUAAGGGAAAGGACAAACUGCUUUGAGGAUUUAACUUGGCUUUCACACUAAAAAGGAGCAAGAGCAGACAGAAAAGGGAAAGAGGAGGGAUUUAUUUUGGGACACCUUCCUUCACAGGAAAUGGUCAACUUGUCAGCAUGACACCUUGUCUGGAUUCCCCUCUCCUCCUCAGGCAAAAAUCCUGAAAAUGAUGGAUGACAACAAGCAGUUGGCCCAACGCAUCGAUGGGGCCAUUCAGUCCGCCAGCCAGGAGGUGACUAACCUGCGGUCAGAGCUGAGCGCGACCAGCCGCAGACUGGCCGAGCUGGGGGCAACCGACUCUGCCAGCGUGCUGGAGACCCUGCAGCACAACCACAACGACCCCUCUUCCCAGCCGAGGCAGAAGCCGCCGGCCACUGACCUCUGCUACAAGACUGAAAUCAGCAGUCUAAUGGACUUCAACUCUCCAGAUGCUUCCCUGGACAAAGUCCUGCUGCGUGAGGAGGUGGCCCAGCUCCAGGAGGAGGUGCACCUGCUGAGGCAGAUGAAGGACAUGUUGAGUAAGGACCUGGAGGAGACCCAGGGAGGCUGCUCGGCCGACGUGCUCUCUGCCACCGAGCUCCGCGUGCAGCUGGCCCAGAAGGAGCAGGAGCUGGACCGAGCCAAGGAGGCUCUGCAAGCCAUGAAGUCGGACCGCAAGCGUCUGAAGGCUGAGAAAGCAGACCUGGUGAACCAGAUGCAGCAGCUUUAUGCCACACUGGAGAGCCGGGAGGAGCAGCUCCGCGACUUCAUACGCAACUAUGAGCAGCACAGAAAAGAGAGCGAGGAUGCGGUGAAGGCGCUGGCCAAAGAGAAGGACCUGCUGGAGAGGGAGAAGUGGGACCUGCGGCGGCAGACCAAGGAAGCCACGGAGCACACGGGGAUGCUGCGCUCCCAGCUCGACCUCAAGGAGAACCGCAUCAAGGAGCUGGAGGCUGAGCUGGCCAUGGCCAAACAGUCACUAGCCACCCUGACCAAGGACGUGCCCAAGCGCCACUCCCUGGCCAUGCCCACGGAAACGGUUGUCAACGGCAACAACCAGGAGUGGGUGAUGCAGGCUGACCUUCCCCUGACUGCUGCCAUCAGGCAGAGUCAGCAGACCCUCCACGUCCACACGGGGCAUCCCGCGGACAGACAAGUGGCUGCCGUGCGGGUGAGCCCGUGCCACUCGCGUCAGCCCUCCAUCAUCUCCGACGCCUCGGCAGUGGAGGGGGACCGGUCGUCCACACCAAGCGACAUCAACUCGCCGCGCCAUCGGACUCACUCCCUCUGCAAUUCCCUAGAAGAUCUGGAGGAGGCGAAGCGUAAGAAGAAGAAAGAGAAGAUGGGGCUGGGCUCUCUGUCACGUGUCUUCGCCCGGGGAAAGCAGCGCAAAUCCCUCGACCCCGGUUUGUUUGAUGGUACUUCAACGCCUGAUUAUUACAUAGAGGAAGAUGCAGACUGGUAAAAGCACACAUGUCCGAGCGAACCACCUGGAGAGCCCUUGUGGCAAUUAUCAGAAGACAGCAUUGUGUUGAAGCGCGUGUGUGGGAGGAUGGGUGUGUGUUUGAUGUCAGCGUGUACAGAUAGCGUGUGUGCCCGUGCGGUCUCACAUGCGUGCAUACUUGCGUGUGGGGGUGUGAGAGUGCGUGCAUGCAAGCGUCAACCAUGGUCAGAGGCCAUGUCAGAAGCCGUCAGGAGGCGUGUCUUGCUUCGCUGAAGUGUAAACCUUAACGAGCAAAUUGCACCUGUAUGUAUGUACAGUCCUGUAAAUAGAGUGGACAGUGUGACACAGCGACCAUGUGGAUAUGUUCUAUUGUAUCUGCCCUCCAAAAACAGCUGUGUUAUUGGAUCUUUUAAUUGUUCUUUACAUUUUGACUUUUUGUUUUCACUCAACUGGAAACUUGAAGGACUGCUGUACUUGUAAAUAACAACAGUUGAUGUGCACUUUGUGCGUGUAAAUGUCUCCUUGUCCUGAAUGCCUUUUGUUAUUUUUGACAUGUACUCCCCUUCCUCUCACUACCUUUUAACUUCAACUCCUCCCUGUUUAUUGUCCUGCUUGGUCCAUCCCCCUCCUCCCACGCUGCCAUGACGAGAACAGUUUCCUGUAGGCAACAUGCAGACUCCUCAAAUCCACCUCUAAUUCGGUUGUACAACACAUCCCUCAAGCCGCCAAGAAAACUGUGCACCCCUUGAUGUUCGCUCAAAUGUGACUUCAAAGACGCUGCUGAGCGAGGAAUGAACUUUCUACGCAGAACAGUUUGUUCCACGGCGACAUGAGGCCGAACAGGAAAUGUGAGAAAUGUGUUUUCUAUCUGUUCAGAUAGAAGGUACAUGCCAUAGGUACAUGUGUGACGUGCAUGCACAUAGACCCAGUCCCCAAAUGCAUGUUGAACAAAACCCUACUAAACAGAAAUGUCUUUCUCUGGGAAUGUUGUCGAGGAGGUGAUUAUCUGUCUGUUUAAAAAAGAAAAAAGAAAAAAAGAGAGAGGUCAGUUACUGAUUUCAUGAUGUUUAUUCAUGAUUUCCUUCAUUUCAAAUGAAAUUAUUCUAUUUGCUACUCAGAAAACAUUAUGAUUAAUGUUCGAGAGCUUAGCGUCCAAACUAAACAUAGAGCAUUUUAAUCCGCACCUGCAAGGCUUUUUAUGCAAAAUUACAUUUGAAAUAUUAAAGGUCAGCAAAGACAACAGACACAAAGAAAACCAAGCGCUUCACUUUAAUGAUUAAAUAAUUAUUCCACUUAUUCAUGAGGCUUUGUGCCAUUUUACUCCUGUAGGAUCUUACAGUAGCUUGUAGCUAUCGUUUUAUUAAUACUUUAAAAGGCUGCUGGGACUAGAGUUAUUCUGGGAAAAGUUCAGCUAAAAAAGAAAGCCAUUAUCCCAAAAUAAGAGAUAGCUUAAACAUCAAUUAUACUAACGUAGUAGAUAUCAGGCUGAUGGUCAUUUUACCAUAAAAUCAGAGCUUCAAUUUAGAGGCCCGAGCACGGAGUAGACGUUAAAUGAACUGUUAUAACAAUAACGAGUGCCAACGCUGGAGGUUGAAAAUCAGAUUUAAGCGGGCUAAUCAAACCGAAGCAAAUGCAUACCUUCCCCCGUGACCCCGUGAACUCGCCGAAGAAUUCCGACGCAGAGUUCAGGCCACUGCUGAAAAAAGCAAUUAACUUUGUGCCAAAGGUUAAUAGCAUUUCUUCAAGCAAAAGAAUGACUACAGACGUUGGAUUAUUUUCAUCCUUUCGCUGGAUUGAGCCGGAGUCUGCACUGCCACCCGCAGGAAAUCUUUUCUCCCCCUGAUAUUUAACUAACACUGGGUAUUUGUCGCUCUCGUCUGAAACACUGCGGAGCCGCAGAUUACAUUGGAGCUGUGUUUAACCGCAGGGCUUGUCAAAAGAGCCAUGCAGGCGGUGAGAGGAUUAUCAUUUAACCCUUAGCUCAGCCUACAUUUGGGCUCGCCGAUUUUGAAUUUCCAGGUGAAUCAUUAAGGUAAUUCAGAGAUAAGUCAUCAUGUAUUAAAUUGUAUGUAUAAGAACAACAGCUCAACCGGUUUAUUUCAUUAAACGUUUAAUGAAAUGUAUGAAAAUGUAGGCUUUUUUUUUUUUUUCUUUUAACCAGCCGUUAUGCUCCUCUGCUGAUGGGGAAUAAAACAUAUCAACUGUAUGAUUUUUAUGUUUUGAGCCACGGUCUCCUUGUUUUUUGUUUUUUAAUUCUCCACAAAUAUUUUCCUUUUUGUAAAUGAGAUAACAUUACAGAAAUAAAAUUAAUAUUAUUAUAAAAGAGUUUUAUUUAAAGUCGAAGCUGUAGGCCUCGGCGGAGGACUUCUGCUGUGAGGUCCUGAGAUGUUUAGAAGUGGAUAGUAGCGAACUUUUAAGGCAUGGCAACAAAAAUUACGCUCAAAAGAACUAAAUGAGAAAAGCAAGAUUAUUUUAAAAUAAAAUAAAUA